CCGCCGAAAUAAAAUCUCGUCAACAUUUCAGUACGGUAUUUACAUUCGAAACGUUUCAAACAGUAAUGACGUCAAGACGAAGACCGGUAUAUUUGACAAUUGCUGAAAAAUACGAAAUAAUAUGUAUGAGAGUAAAAGGUAACAUUCGACAAGUCAUGAUGACAAAGUACGGUAUUGUACCAUCCACCUUGCACAUUAUAUUAGCAAAUAGCGAAAAGAUUAAAAAACAGCACAUGACCAUCAGCAGUUUAAGACGGCGACGUAUACGGGAUCUAGAAAGAGUUCUUUAUCACUGGUACUUACGAUGUAAGGAAAGAAAGGUAGAAAUAACAGGAGCAGACAUACAGAGAAAAGCUCUAGAAAUUAAUAAAGAAAUAAACGGAAAUCCUAAUUUUAAACCCAGUAAUUCUUGGUUGCAAAAAUUUAAAGAACGUCAUCGUAUUACUACCUGGGAUAUAAGGGGAAAUACUCCAUUCGUAAAAACAUUGGGUGAAGGGAAUUCCUUUAUAAAGACUUUUAACUGCACCUUGGAAAGUCGUCGUUUCAAAAUGGAGAACGUUUACAAUGCCGUUUAUACAACACUAAUGUGGAAAGCAGUACCAGAAAACACUUGUAUUUUUAAAAAUGCGAAAUCGAAAGAAAGUAUAAAAAUGUGCGAAGAUUACGUUACUGCACUUUUUUGUGCAAAUGCUACCGGAUGUCACAAGUUGCCGGUACUAAUAAUCGGCAAUCAUAGCACUUUUUGCAGUUUCGAAACAAACGCCUUCACAACUAUCUAUAGAUCAAACAUCGGCGCUUCCAUGGACAGUACCAUUUUCAAACAAUGGUUCAAAGAACAUUUCUUAGAAUCAGUUAAAGGAAGACAGCAGGAGAACAAGCGCGAGGUCAAAUAUUUGUUGUUACUAGAUAAUACUCCGUUGCUUCACGAUAUCAAUGAUAUCUAUCAUAUGGAUCCAUUAGUUACAGUUAUAAUGACUACAUCUGACGUAUCAUCAAACAGGCAACCAAUGAAUCGUGGUAUAAUCAAAUGUUUCAAGCGAAUGUACCGAAUAGAAUUACUGAAAUCAAUAAGGCCAUUAUCUAUCUUCAAUACGGUGGAAGAAAUGAUAGACCUCCAUAAAGAAUUACGCAUGUGGGAUUGCUGCCGUAUUGUACAUGAUGCUUGGUCACUUGUCGACAAAGAAAUACUGAUAAACUCGUGGGACGGCCUUUUGAGACCUCCAGACAUGGGGAGUAUAAUACGCACAGGAAUAUGGAAUGCUGACAUACUUAAAGCAAUUGCAUUUCUGCGUAGAUUACCUGGGUGCGAACGGUGCGAGCAAAACGAUGUGUUAAAUUGGUUUAAUAUUGAUAACGGAUAUGAUAUAGUCAAGAAGAUAUGUACCGAUGAAGUUCUUCGAGAAUUUGAAAACAAUACUCUGGGUCGAGAGAACAUAAAUAUUUGCCGCGAUGAAGUUGGGCCUUCUCAGGCGAAGAUCUAAAAAAUGAGCUAACAUGCGGACAUUUAUCAGUGCGAGUACCUACCAAAACCGGUUGAUACGCGAAUAAUAUGUGCGAAACUUGAAUUGAAAUUAAAUUUAUAUUCAUAUAGUUAUAUAGUAUAAAAAUAAAUACAUAUACACAAA